AUGGAUGAAGCUGGGCCUCCUAUGAAUCAAACUAUGUAUAGAGGCAUUAUUGGGUCUCUUCUUUAUCUCACUGCAAGCAGGCCUGAUAUUGUCUUCAGUGUGGGGCUAUGUGCAAGGUUUCAAUCAAACCCCAAGGAAUCUCAUUUGAAGACUGCCAAAAGUAUUCUGAGAUAUCUCAAAGGAACACAGGACCUGGUGCUUUAUUAUCCCUCAGGUGACAGCUUUAAUCUCAUUGGAUAUGCUGAUGCAGACUAUGCAGGUUAUCUUGUAGACAGGAAAAACACCUCUGGAAUGGCUCAUUUCCUAGGAUCAUGUCUUAUCUUUUGGGGCACAAAGAAGCAAAACUCAGCGGCUUUUCAACAGCUAAAGCAGAAUAUGUAG